UUUACCAAUCCUAUAAUUGGCUGUGGCUAGCUGUAUUAAAUAUAAAAGUACUACUGUCGUACAGUAUAGUAAAGCUUCAUGCUCUGAUGGACAAGGGUUUGACAUCUUUCACUUUUCUUUUUAUGGCAGGGUCAUUCAUCAUAGCUGUAAAAGCUCAGUUCAUAGUACAGCCAGUGUCAGUGGAGAGAGCCGAGGGACUGGAGGCAGUGUUCAGUUGUCAGUAUCAAGCUGAGGGAUUGACUGUUACUUAUGAUUGGGCAAUAAACAAUACCAUACUCGGAGCAGAUACAGCCACUGUUAGAGUACGUCGACCUUCAUCUCUUGGUGGACCAUCAAGACUGACAAUCUUGACCACUCCACAGCACAACAACUCUAUUGUGUAUUGUGAGGCUAUAAUCAGAAAUGGCUCUGAUCGUACAUUUGUGAUUUCAUCCACAGCAUCUCUAGUUGUUCGUGAGACGGUCCUCACUCCGUUUAUUGUUGUACCGAAUGCCAUCACCAUGAUGUGGAAUGCUCUACCUCUCACUGAGUACUGUGUGGACAUCAACACGACAACUCUGGACUUCACUGAAAUAGUGGCCCUUGAUUCUCUGUGUGGAUUCACUAAUGAGUACAUCUUCAUGUACUCUGAUAACAGUGUGUGUGCCAGAUUCACUGUGACUCCUACUGAUGGAGAGAUGAGGGGAACAACCAGUGAAUUAUGUACCGGGUUAUUUACGAGAACAGAAGGUAGUGGAGAACAACAUCGUAUUCUUGAAACUAAAAGGAAUAAAUUAGUCAAAUUUAGGGCAACUGUUCCAAGUUGUAGAAACUUCACUCGGUAUCGUGUGGACUCUGACCUAUUGACUCCCUCCAUCGAUCGUUCAAUCACGACCUCUCUUCUGUUUGAUGGCUCACUCAGUUUCUCCCUCCCCACUGACAAGUUGACAGAAUACAGUGUCACACUGACUGAUGAGAAUGAAAUAGAUCUCGUGUUUGAGAACAUUUCAAUCAGUACUUUUGACGUUCAAGACGUCCUAGUGUCUGAAUGUCCUGGUGGUGGUGGUAUUUGUGUGAGCAUUGAGUAUGUUGAAGGUACUGUCUCUCCCGGAGCUCUCGUCUGUGUGAUACGUGUCGUUAAUGAAGUGCUUGGAGAGCUUGACUUUGCUAACAUGAAACUGGUUACCAUCCCUCGGAAUUCAAGUGAAAAUUUCACCAUUCCUGUUCCUAGUGGAGAAUACCGAGUGAUUGCUUUUGAUCUGGAGAACAACCAUUUACCAAACAUGCCCGUCUCUAUGGUAGCACUCAGUCAAGACAAUAUGACAGUGAACUCGACUGGUGAAGACAUUACCAGUCCACCACCCAGUGAGGGAAUUAGUGUAUCCAAUUUAACGAAUGGAGAUGUUAGUGUGACCUGUUCUGACUCUGCCCUGAAUUGUCUAGUCUUGUUCCAAUCCACCAUCUUGGACAGAGUGAUUGUCGGUUUCAUUAACUCUUCUGAAGUCUCAACUAUCCUCUCUUUAAAUGACACCUUUGGCUAUGUGGUGGUGUAUUCUUGGAAUAGUUCACUGUCCAUCUUUGAAGGGAAGGUAUCGCUCAUUAUGCAACUGGAUCUACCCACCACUGCUCCCACUACACCUCCAACGUCUGAUCCACAAACAGGCCCACCUCCUCCUCCUGAUAUGGAGUCCCUGCCAACAUCAGUUAUCGUUGGCAUUAUUGUUCCCUUGGUUUUGAUAAUGAUACUAAUGAUGGUGAUCAUUAUUAUUGUUCUGGGGAAGAAAGUCAAACGAGGCGGCAAGGUGUUUCAUUCCAGGUACAAUCAUUACCAGCAUAACUCUGAAGGCGGCAGUGUGGAUGUGGGUGCCUCAAUAACAUCUAAAGUAGCAUUUUACGAUGUCGCCCGCCCUGAGCACAUGUCUCUGGAACGCAACACGGCUGACACUGACGAUACACCUCCACCAGGUUAUGAUGUCGUGCGUAAAGAGAAUUUGCCAAGUCCUGAAUAUGAAACUGUACCAUCGGCUAAGGCAGGCAAGCCUACACCCACCACCAGUGAGAACCCUCCACCCCUUCCCCCUACCAUGCUACGAGGAGACAGUGAUGCACCUGAUCUACCACCUGCCUACAAUCCUGCCGUGGAUAACAAGAGUGUUGUUGUUAUGUCAGUGGAGAACUCUAUCAGCCACGGUGUGGAAAAUCAGUCAGUAGAUGAGGAGGUUGAUGAGUCAUUGAAGAUAGAUCUAUCAGUCAGCGACACAGAAUAUGAUGGUACUACAGAAGAGGCCAUUGGUAGUACUGAAGUUCAACCAGAUGUUGACCGUGUAGACACAGUUCAAUGUGCAGAGAGUGGAGCUGGUAACAAUGUUGACCAUGGUGGACAAGAGGCAAUGAUCGCUGCGCAGCACCAGUACACGCUGGUGGUUCCCAAGCCAGCCAGCAGUGAUGCCAAGGUGAAGGACUUAUGUACCGUCAUUUAUUCUGUGGUAGACAAGGAAAAACUCAAACCAGUCAUCCCAACACCAGUUGCCAAAGCACAAGGGCAGUACAUUCCGGUAGAGACCAGGCCAGCCAGCAGUGAUACCGAGGUGAUGGACUCGACCAAGGUCGUCUAUGUCGUGGUGGACAAGGACAAACUGAAACCACUAGAUCCGAACGACCCACCAGCUCUUCCACCACGACGCCCUGUCACUAAUACUGAGCUGCACACAGAGAAGACACUAGCCCUUCCACCACGACAACGCCCCCCACCACCACCGCCCACCCACGAGACGCUCAUGGAUCUGUUACACCCCGUUGUUAAAAAGUGGGAGGAUAUCGCCAAAGCACUGAACAUUGACGAGGACAGAGUGGAUGAAAUCUUCACUAAUAAUGAGAAUGAAUAUCUCCGGCUAUACGAACUAAUGGAGUAUUAUUUUACAAACGUCCAUUGCAGUCACUCUUGGGAGGAGAUGGUGCGAGUGCUGACAGAGAUAGGGGAGCAUGGUUUGGCUGAGAGAAUAAAAGCAGAUAAAAUACAAGGUGGUGAGGUGCUCCACCCGGUGUCUUCAGUAGUAUAAGUGUUUGACUAUAAAUAAUGUUAACAACUUCAUUUAUGCCAUUUUCCUGCCAUUAUAAUUAUUAUCAUAAUAAUAUAAUUAAUAAUCAUAAUGUAAGCACCUUAUCCUAGAUUAGUAUUCUUUUUGUGAUUUACUGAACAUAGCGUGCACUCCUCUUGAUAACGUAUUGAUUGCUACAUUGAAAUUUUUAUCAAUAGUUUUCUGACUCUUUGUGUUGUAUUGAAAACUGUAUAGUGUAUGCUCAUAAAUCGAUUCGGUAUAAUCGUUAAUUAUUUAAAGAAUUUU